AUGGAUCUAUCGAUGAAUAAAUUGUCAAAUAGAAUUCCAAGAGAAAUUGGAGGAAUGCAAAAUCUUGCACACCUUUCAUUGAGACAAAACAAGUUGCAAGGAUCUAUACCUGACUCAAUGAGCAGCAUGGUAGGUUUGGAAAGCCUAUACCUUUCUCACAAUAAUAUUUCUAGAAUCAUUCCUAAGCCAUUGGAGAAACUUCACAACUUGAAGUAUUUCAAUGUUUCUGUCAACAAAUUGUAUGGUGAAAUACCCUCGCAGGGUCCUUUCAAGAACCUCUCGAGUCAGGUUUUCAUCCACAAUGAAGCAUUGCAUGGUUCUUCAAGAUUUAGUGUCCCUCCAUGCCCCACAUCAUCAAAGCACAGAUCAAAUAGGAAAAUAUUGCUAGUUCUUUUUCUUUUGCUCGCAAUUGCAGUUAUAUUUGUUCCUACGACCUUUGUGCUCCUAUGGAUAAGGCAUAGAACAGGUAAGAGAGCGCCUGCACAAGCUGAGUCAUUGUCUACCAUAAGAACAGAAAGAAUUUCAUACAAUGAAUUGCUCCAAGCCACUGAUGGGCUUAGCAAGAGUAAUCUGAUUGGUUUUGGAAGUUUUGGCUCUGUGUACAAAGGCAUUCUCAGCAACGGAACCGCCAUUGCAGUUAAAGUGUUCAAUCUACAAGUGGAUGUGGCAUUCAAGAGUAUUGAUACGGAAUGUGAAGUUUUCCGUAGUCUUCUUCAUAGGAAUCUCGUAGAAGUCAUUACUAGUUGUUCCAACCUUGAUUUUAAGGCAUUAGUUCUCGAGUAUAUGCCUAAUGGAAGUCUUAAGAAGUAUUUGUAUUCGCACAACUACUUCCUAGAUAUCAGGCAGAGUCUAAGCAUAAUGCUAGAUGUAGCAUGUGUGUUUGAAUAUCUUCACCAUGGAUGCACGUCGCCUGUAAUCCAUUGUUAUCUGAAGCUGAGUAAUAUCUUGCUAGCCGAGGAUAUGGUUGCCCACUUAAGCGACUUUGGCUUUUCAAAACUGCUUGGUGAAGAUGAGAGUGAUUUAUACACUAAAACCUUAGCAACAUUUGGGUAUAUUGCACUAG